GCUCAAGCGGGACCGAGUCGAAUCGGUUCUCGCUCCGAUUGCUUGCCCGGCCCGAGGGAUGGCGCCCGCGGACACGGAGUCUUGGCAGCCCGUUUUCGAUCGCCUGACCGAGCGCUUCCCGGAUAUCGGGGCAGCAAAGAUUGCCGCCAUCUUGCGGGAGAACAACGGGCAUGCAGGUCAGGCUGCCGCAGCGCUGCGGGACUUGGCCGGCACCGGCAAGCGGGACGUGGACCCGGAUGACCAAGAGCACGUCAAGACGCUCCUCACCAGUCCUGUGAUGUUCGCCGCGGUGUGCAAAGAGAACUUCCGGAAGUUUGACGUCAACGGAGACGGGGUGCUCUCUUGGACGGAGGUGCUGCCUUUAGUGAGCACCCUCUACGAGAGCUUCGGCUUACAACCGCCAAGGGAAGGCAACCUGCGGUCCUUCUUCGACGCAACCGACCUGAACAAGGACGGCGUCCUGUCGGAGAAGGAGUUCAAGAAGUUCUUUGAAUGCUUUCUCCGAUACGCCUUCUUUGACGUGGUGCUAAAAGAAAAGGCUCCGAACCUGUCGGAGGAUGUGAAGCCCGAUAACCCGGAGCCGGAGAGGCAAGACAAGGCGCCGCGGGGCCCGUCUCCGAAGCGGGCCUCGGGAUCGCCCAAAGGGCGGUCCUUUCGCGUCAUCGCUCCGCAUGGCAUCUCGUGGAGAAAGUCCCCGGACUUCAACGACCGAGCGGACGCCAACGUUCCAGCCGGCGAGGUAGUCACUGUGCUGGAGCAGUGGGUCAAGACCGACAGAGGCUGGUUGCCAGUGCAUGACGCCCGGGGCAAGCUGCUUCUCCAACCCGAGGAGGAACCUCGUGCCGCAGGAGCCGCUCACUCUGCUGCCAGGCGAGAGAAGCGGCCAAAGGAGGAGAAGGUUUCGGUGCCCGAAGUGGCCAGCUCAGGCGGCACCGAGCUUCGGUCCGGGGAGGAGGAGUGGAAGGAGCGGUUCGAGCGCUUGAAGGAGAGGUUCCCCAUGUUGAGCUCGGCUCAGGUGCUGCAAAAGCUGCGCGCACAUCAAGGCCAUGCAGGACACACCGCUGCAGCACUGCGCGAGUUGAUGGGGCGGCAGGGCGGGAACUGACAGUCCGCAUUUCCGCGGAACGUAGUAGGCUGUUAGGAAGUGGGGCGCGCACCGGCACCACGCAGAAUUCAUUUGACUGGGUGCUAAAUGGGUAGAUCGGCUUU